UUCUCUCCGGAAGAAAUAUCCAUCUGGCGUUGCACUCAAACGACAUAAUGGAUGAAGAACCAGAGAGAGCCAAGCGCUGGGAAGGGGGCUAUGAGAGGACAUGGGAGGUGCUGAAGGAGGAUGAAUCUGGCUCACUAAAAGCCACAGUAGAAGAGAUCCUGUUCCAGUCUAAACGGAAAAGGGUAAUCGAGAGCCAUGGACAAGUGAGGCUGGGAAUGGUGAGUGAGUUCUGCCUCCUUCCUACAGAACCUCGUGCUUCACUUAUCUGUGUUAUCUUAAACCCCAGGGCUGCUGAGAUCUCAUGUCAACAUGGGGGCAAAAUACUACACCGCAUUGUUUUUAUAUACAGUUGUGUGAAAAAGUGUUUGCCCCCUUCCUGA